CUGCAGCCCUGCAGGCUGCCGAGCCCGAGUCGGUCCCGAAGCGGAAGUGCUCCUCCGGGCCAGUGUUGUAACGGUCUCCUCUGCAGCGAGCAGAAAAUCUGUUGUCGAGAGAGAGGUUGAGGGGGCGAGAGCUAGGGGUGAUGGCUGAGUGAUGGGGAGUUCUAGGGGACGAGUGAAGGGGGAUUUGUGGGGGUCAUUGACGUGGGGGCUUGUGGGGUGAGUGAUGGGGGACCGAGAGGUCAGUCAAUGAGGGUAUGUGGGCUCAGUGGUGGACAAAGUUAUGGGGCUAGUCAGGGUUGAAUGGGGCUUAUUCAACUUUGACUUUUACACAUUUUCCAGCACAGUGACCUGCGCUGAGGGUUCUUACGCAUCCCUCAGGCCCCUCCUUCGGAGCGCCCCGCCUCUCCCUCUGCUCCUCUCCCCUUGCCCCAGCCCCUAGGUAGGGGCCUGGCGUGGAUGCUCCAGCUGAAGUGAAUCUGCAUCCGAAGGCUUCCUUCCGGCUCCUGGGCAAGACGGCCCCAGUGAGCUCUGCCUUCACACAUCUCUGCCUUUCCCCAGAAGAGCAGGAAAUGGCUGCAUCCCAGGGACUUCUGACAUUUGAGGACGUCGCUGUGGAUUUCACCCAGGAGGAGUGGCAGUACCUGAACCCUCCACAGAGGACCUUAUACAGAGAUGUGAUGCUGGAGACCUAUAGCAACGUGGUCUCCGUGGCAGGGCAGCAGGUUACCAAACCAGACCUCAUCCUCAAAUUGGAGGUGGAAGAGCCGUGCCCAGCAGAAGGAAAAAUCCCAGUUUGGAGCUUUCCAGAAGAAGCCUGCCAAGUUGAUGAACAGAUUGAGAGACAGCACCAGGAUGAUGAAGAUAAAUGUAUCUUGAUGCAAGUUGGAUUCCCUGAUGAGAAAACAGUUACCACCAAGAGUGACCAUGACUAUAAUGAAUUUGGAAGCACACUUCACCUGAGUACAAACCUUGUCGUUUCAAUACAAAGACCCCAUAAAUAUGAGUCAUUUGGAAAUAAUAUGGUAGAUAAUUUAGACUUAUUUAGUAGAAGCUCUGUAGGAAAGAAACAUGAUAAUGGAUGUGCAAAAUUAUUCUUCCAUACUGAGUACGAGAAAACAACUCCUGGAGUGAAACCCUAUGGAUAUAAAGAGUGUGGAAAGGCCCUCAGGCGAAAGAAAGGUCUUAGUCUACAUCAGAGGAUUAAAAAUGGAGAGAAGCCCUUUGAAUGUACUGCAUGUAGGAAAACCUUUAGCAAGAAGUCACACCUCAUUGUACAUUGGAGAACUCAUACGGGAGAGAAACCCUUUGGAUGUACUGAAUGUGGAAAAGCCUUUAGCCAAAAAUCUCAGCUCAUCAUACACCUGAGAACUCAUACAGGAGAGCGACCCUUUGAGUGUCCGGAAUGUGGAAAAGCCUUCAGAGAAAAGUCAACUGUCAUCAUUCAUUACAGGACUCACACAGGAGAGAAACCUUAUGAAUGUAAUGAAUGCGGAAAAGCCUUCACUCAGAAGUCAAACCUCAUUGUCCAUCAGAAAACGCACACAGGAGAGAAGACUUACGAAUGCACUAAAUGUGGGGAAUCUUUCAUACAGAAGCUUGAUCUAAUUAUACAUCAUAGUACUCAUACAGGGAAGAAACCCCAUGAAUGUAAUGAGUGUAAGAAAACUUUCAGUGAUAAGUCAACUCUCAUUAUACAUCAAAGAACUCAUACGGGAGAGAAACCUCAUAAAUGUGCUGAAUGUGGGAAGUCUUUCAAUGAGAAGUCAACCCUCAUUGUGCAUCAGAGAACUCAUACAGGAGAGAAACCCUAUGAAUGUGAUGUGUGUGGAAAAACUUUCACCCAAAAGUCAAACCUUGGUGUACAUCAGAGAACUCAUUCAGGAGAGAAACCUUUUGAAUGUAAUGAAUGUGAGAAAGCGUUCUCUCAGAAAUCCUAUCUCAUGCUACACCAGAGAGGUCAUACAGGGGAGAAGCCCUAUGAGUGCAAUGAAUGUGAAAAAGCAUUUUCCCAGAAGUCAUAUCUCAUUAUACAUCAAAGAACUCAUACAGAAGAAAAACCCUAUAAAUGUAAUGAAUGUGGCAAAGCCUUCAGAGAAAAGUCAAAGCUCAUUAUACACCAGCGAAUUCAUACAGGAGAGAAACCCUAUGAAUGUCCUGUAUGUUGGAAAGCUUUUAGCCAGAAGUCACAGCUCAUAAUACAUCAGAGAACACACACAGGAGAGAAACCCUAUGCAUGCACUGAGUGUGGCAAAGCUUUCAGAGAAAAAUCAACAUUCACAGUACACCAGAGAACUCAUACCGGAGAGAAACCCUAUAAGUGUGCAGAAUGUGGGAAAGCCUUUACCCAAAAAUCAAACCUUAUUGUACAUCAGAGAACACAUACAGGAAAGAAGGCCCAUGGGAAAGGCCACACCCGAAAGUCAAAGCUCAUUGCACACUAGAGAGUAAAUCGACAGUGCCUGUUACAUACACUGAAGGAAAGCUUUGUUGAUUUAAUUAACGUUUUAAAAGUAUGUUCUGACUUCUGGUUUAAAUAUGGGGAGUAAAAUCAGCCUUUUUUCUUUUCAUCUCAGGCUUCACCCAAAAGCUACAGGGGGAAAAAGCAGCAGAAGUGUAAUCUCUGACAAAAUUAGAAGAGAGCUGAAACCCUGAUGAGAGGGCUGCCAGAGGCAGAGGAACUCAAGUACCAGCACAGGAGACUCAGAACAGAGAGAACUCUCAUGGCUGCAGAUGUGAGACGGGACUGGGAAGGAGUCUUAGCUGGGGUUCAGGCUAUACCCUGAGGGCAAGACUAUACACAUACACAACAGCAGUACCAGAGGGCAUGGGCUGGUGGGAGGUAGGAGGUCUCCUGGACCCAUUUGGGCUCUGAGAAGAGACAGGCAGGGGCUUCAACAAGGAAUCACUCGGACAAGCCGUACUUGCAGAAAGUAGCUUGUGCUCACAGGAGGAGCAGUUGGCGGGGGCUAGGGCAAGAGAAGGGAGUGCUCCUUGUGAAGGACCCUACAGCUGCCCCUGUUUGCUGACAUGGGAGAUGUCAAGUUGAAACGACUACCAAAUGGAAAAAAAAAAUCCCAGUUGUAAGAAAAACUCUGAUCUGCCCAGAAUGCGGCCCCUGUUUCUUCUACCACAUGAACCUCCAGAAAACAUCAAGUCCAGAAAAAACUAUUCAAAGUGGAAUGAUUCCAAAGUAAUCAAAACCAUGAAUGCACAUGGCUUGUGAGCCAGCAGUCCCCCUUCUAGGAAUGUAUAUACUCAUGCAUGUACAGAAUGACGAACACAGAGGUAUUCACUGAUCCACUGUUUAUAAAAACAAAAGGUUGAAAGCUGUCCAAAUGACACCACCAGAGAUCUGGUUCCUGAAAUCCUGGUACAUUCAUACAGCAAACUCCUAGGUAGACAAAAAUGCAUAAAUAUAUAAAGAGAACUUGGACACCAUUUGUGUAGUGAUGUGGGAUGGUCUCCAGCAUACAUUAUUAGGCGAGAAAAGCAAGGUGCAGGAUAAUGAAUAUAAUAUGCUACCAUUUGUAUCUAAAAAGGAGAACCAAUAGUAAGUACAUAGUUGAGUGUAUAUGCACAAACUAUCUGGGGAAGGAUACACGAGAAGCUGGGAACCCUGAGUACCUCUGGGAAAGGGAAGGGGAAGUGGGUGGCUGGGAGGAUGGAAUUGGGAGGGAGACAAUUGUAUACCCUUUGAUAACUUUUGAAAAUGAUAGUAUGUGGAUGUACUACCUUUUCAAUAAAUAAAACUUUUUAAAAAGCAUA